GUAUCCGGCCACCCGUCUGUCCAUCCGGCUACCCGGCCUGUCCAUCCGGCCACCCAUCUGUCCAUCCGGCUACCCGGCCUGUCCAUCCGGCUACCCGGCCUGUCCAUCCGGCUACCCGGCCUGUCCAUCCGGCCACCCGGCCUGUCCAUCCGGCUACCCGGCCUGUCCAUCCGGCUACCCGGCCUGUCCAUCCGGCUACCCGGCCUGUCCAUCCGGCUACCCGGCCUGUCCAUCCGGCCACCCAUCUGUCCAUCCGGCUACCCGCCUGUCCAUCCGGCCACCCGUCUGUCCAUCCGGCUACCCGGCCUGUCCAUCCGGCCACCCAUCUGUCCAUCCGGCUACCCGGCCUGUCCAUCCGGCCACCCAUCUGUCCAUCCGGCUACCCGGCCUGUCCAUCCGGCCACCCGUCUGUCCAUCCGGCUACCCGGCCUGUCCAUCCGGCCACCCGUCUGUCCAUCCGGCUACCCGGCCUGUCCAUCCGGCCACCCAUCUGUCCAUCCGGCCACCCGGCCUGUCCAUCCGGCCACCCGGCCUGUCCAUCCGGCCACCCAUCUGUCCAUCCGGCCACCCGGCCUGUCCAUCCGGCCACCCGGCCUGUCCAUCCGGCUACCCGGCCUGUCCAUCCGGCCACCCGUACCUCCACAUUUACACCGUCUAA